CGCGUUCACUUGUUUUACCCUUUCUUGCCCCUCCAUUUUUUUAAUCAUAUUCUCUUGUUCAAAUUCAGGGGAAUAAAGGGAAGAUCUCUGCAAAUCGUCGCCGAUGAGAUUCUUCGCCGAUCGAGAAAUAUGUUACGCCGAUAUCCUUCCUCCUUCUGAGGUUCGAGCGAGAAUCGAAGUAGCGGUGCUCAAUUUUCUCAAGAUAUUGACUUGUACUGAUCCGGCGAUAUCAGACCUCCUCCUGAUAAAUAGAAAAUCGAGUAAUAGGCGAGUAAGUCAAGGACUAUUGACGGAUGAUGAUACGUGGAUUUUCCUCUCCCGUUCAUUUUGUAAAAGGACUUUAAUGAGAGCAAAUGCAGCUAAAGCAUUUAUUAGAGUGUGGAAGGUGAUGGAGAUGUGCUUUAAGAUUUUGUCACAAGAAAAGCGGGUAACGCAGCGUGAGCUGUUUUAUAAGCUGCUUUGUGUUUCGCCGGAUUGUUUCUCGUCUCCAUUGCAGGUUAAUCGGACAAUCCAAGAUGUUGUAGGUUUGCUUCGGUGCAGUCGUUAUAGUCUUGGAAUCAUGGCAUCCAGUAGAGGAAUUGUUGCUGGCCGUUUGUUGUUGCAGGAGCCAGACAAAGAGGUGGUGGACUGUUCUGAAUGUGGAUCUUCUGGGUAUGCAAUUUCUGGAGACUUGGAUUUAUUGGACAGAUUGGUUAUGAAGACAGAUGCCCGUUUCCAGGCAGUAAGCGACACUCGUGGAUUGGUGCAGCAUGCAAUAUUCCAGCGAUUGGCUGAGGAUCGCGUAUUCAAUCACAUUCCAAGCAUUCUCAUUACAGCCAAAGGAUAUCCAGAUAUAGCCACAAGGUUUCUUCUUCACCGAAUGAGCCGGACUUUUCCUGAGUUGCCAAUUAUGGCACUGGUUGACUGGAAUCCAGCUGGAUUAGCUAUACUAUGCACCUUCAAGUUCGGAAGCAUAGGAAUGGGUCUCGAGGCUUACAGAUAUGCAUGCAAUGUGAAGUGGCUGGGACUGCGAGGGGACGAUCUUCAGCUAAUACCUGAAGAAUCUUUAGUCUCACUGAAGCCAAGAGACUUGCAGAUUGCUAAAAGUUUGAUGUCCUCAGAAACUUUGCAGGAGAAACAUAGAGAAGAAUUGACAUUGAUGGUUCAGAGUGGCAAAAGAGCAGAAAUCGAAGCUUUAUACUUCCAUGGAUACGAUUAUCUGGGGAAGUACAUAGCUAAGAAAAUCGUGCAAGCAAACUACAUUUAACAGUAACAGAAUCACAAGCCAACAAAUACAGAGCUCCAUGUAGCAGUUAUAUGCCAUUGUAGAACAAGAAAUUCUUCGCUAAGAGUCAUGAUCCAAACACUUUUGCCAAGAGCUAAACCAGUAGUAUAUCGUUUACACAUGUAAUUACCUUGUAAACUGUAAUCAUGCAAGGAAACAAACUUAGACAUGAACCAAGCAUGGAGGGUCUGAAAAUUCAAAUUACAUAGCUGAAAGGCAUCAACUAUCUCAA